UGCCUUCUCAUAUCGAGUUUUUUCUCACUCUCGAACGUACGUACCAUAUUCGAAUAUAAUGUCAGAUAUUGAGAAACAAACCACUAAAAAUGGGACCGACUCUGAGUCAACUCCGGAGCCCAAAAGCCGCAAAGCCUUGAUUCUGAAGAUCGUGGCAGCCGUGGUUGUCCUAAUUGGACUCACCAUACUAUUCUUCUGGAUCGCCGUCAACCCCCGGAAGAUGAAAUUUCACGUCACCGAAGCUUCUUUCACUCAGUUCAGUCUCUCCAAUGACAACACUACUCUUCUCUACAACCUCCGCCUUUACGUCACCGUUCGUAACCCUAACAAGAGAAUAGGGUUCCAGUACGACCUCGUUGAGGCCGAAGCUUACUACUACGGCGAGAAAUUCGACUCCGGGAAUCUGUUGUCGUUUUACCAACCGCCCAAAACCACACGGGCUGUGGACAGGUGGUUUUCGGGACAACGGAAGGUGUCGUUAGACACCGACGAGGUUGUUGAGUUCAAUGAGCGGAAUCGUAAUUCUGGGGUUUACCCUGUUGAUGUGAAGAUUCAUUUCUAUACUAGCGUGAGAUUGGGAAGUAUGAACAUUGGCGAUUUCAAGGUUAAGGUUAAAUGUGGUUUGAAGGUUCCUCUGAGUGGGACUAGCGCUACUGCUUUCACUACUACCAAGUGCGACGUUGAUUUCAAUCCACUUCUCGUAAUUUACAGUGACUGAAAUCGAUCGCUAUUAUCCCCGUUGGUUAGGGCACAUUGGAUUUUUUUUCUUUUUUAAAUGUUUGUACUAGUUAUUUAAUGUGUCGUUUUUCUUUAUUUAGAGCUUCCUACUUAAUAUUCAUUUAAGAUUCAUGGUAACGGUUUAGGGGACAUAUAUCACAUAUGUACUUGUUAUUUAAAUUUAAAUUUAAGGGUAUUAGCGGUCGCAAGGCAGCUCAUUACAUGUAGCUCGUCUUAGUAGUAACAAUUUUAGUUGUGUUAUAAACGGUUGCAUGUUCGUUGCAAUG